GGGGCCCGGGUGGUGCUGCUGGACCUGGGCACCUCGGAGGGGGGAAAAGUGGCCGCGGAGCUGGGCGAGAGCUGCGCCUUCGCCCCCGCCGAUGUGACGUCCCCCGAGGAGGUGGAGGCGGCGCUGGCGCUGGCGCAGAAGGAGUUUGGGCGGCUGGACCUGGCGGUGAACUGCGCCGGCGUGGGCAUCGCCGUCAAGACCUACAACAGCAAGAAGGACCGGGUGCACGGGCUGGAGGACUUCCAGAGGGUGGUCAAC